AAGGCCGACAUGGUGGUGCCUGAAAUGCUGGCUUCCGUUGUGCCCCCGUCAGAUAUUUUUAAUCCUUCCACUGAUAGUCUGCACGCAGCCAUGAGACCGAUUAUUUUACUGGCCCAAUGCUUUGGCAUGUUUCCGGUGUGCGGUGUCAAUAAGCCGGAUGCCUCGUAUCUUCGAUUUACAUGGUACCACCCGAAAAUCUUUUACGCGGUGAGCAUUAUUGUAGGAACGUCUAUCCUGACAGUCACCAAUAUUCAUCGUUUGGUCACCUCGGGGGUAAAUUCUACGAAAAUGACGACUUUCGUUUUCUUUCUCACGACUCUGAUAACCGCAGUCAUGUUUAUACGAUUGGCAAUGCAUUGGCCUUGCCUAGCGUUAACUUGGGAAAAAUUGGAACGUGAAUUCACCUCGAAACAUCGGCGGAUUUCUAAGACCAGUCUCGCAACUCGUUUUAAAAUCGUAACCUUUGUCGUCAUGUUGCUCGCGUUUGGAGAACAUUCUGCCGCUGUGAUGGCUGGAUACACCAGUGCAUUAGAAUGCGCAGCGUAUCUUGAUGACGCGGAUGUUGCUGGUAUUUAUUUCAUAUCACAAUUCCCUCAGAUCUUCACAAAAUUAUCCUACAGUCUCUGGAAGGGGAUUGUGAUUGAAACUAUAAAUAUUCUCAGCACAUUCUCGUGGAAUUUUGUCGAUCUAUUUCUUAUUCUUAUCAGCAUAGCUUUGGCGGAUCAAUUCAGACAGCUAAACAGUCGCCUCUUUUCGAUACGGGGAAAGGCGAUGCCGGAAUGGUGGUGGGCUGAAGCCAGGAGUGACUACAAUCAUUUGGCGACUCUUACGCGCAGAGUGGAUACUUACAUCUCAGGCAUCGUGCUUAUGUCCUUUGCUAUAGACUUGUACUUCAUCUGUAUGCAAUUGCUGUUUUCCUUCAAUCCAAUGCGUGGUAGCAUACGAAAAAUCUACUUUGGUUUUUCCUUCGGUUUUCUUUUGGCGAGAACAACUGCGGUAUCCCUGUACGCGGCUUCUAUUCAUGAUGAAUCCCGUCUACCAGCACCGAUUUUGUAUAGUGUCACUAGUUCUGGUUACAGCAAUGAGGUCUCAAGAUUCUUAACGCAAGUAACGACAGAUAAUAUUAGCUUGACAGGAAUGAAGUUUUUUUCCAUAACGAGAGGCCUUGUGUUAACCGUUGCAGGAACUAUCGUGACUUAUGAACUCGUUCUGGUACAAUUUAACUCCGUUCAACAAGCGGACCAGACGAAUGUAACUGCUUGUGAGGUAAAAUAAAACCGCUG